AUGAAUAACUACAUCAGCCAAUACUACAGUGAGCCCAGCAGCGACAUGGGUAUCCCAGACCCAGCCGCCAGAGUCAUCACAGCCAUAGACGUGCAUCUGCCCACCAACCCCAGCCAGCUCCCCUCCACCCUGGUGAGCGCCGAGGCCAUGAGCUCGGGCCGUCUCCAGACCACAGAGAGCUCCGUCAGCGAGGCCUCCAGCAUAGACUGUAGCAGCACCGUGCGAGAAGCCUCCACGUCCACCGACUACCCACCGCCCUACAGCAGCCCCCUGGUGCGAGGCAGUCCCAGCGCCGUGGUGCAAGAACUGCUCUCCUCUCUCUCUGAACACUCCUGUUUGACUCAGAAAACCCUAGAUCCGGUCAACCUCAAACGUCCCAGCCCAACGGGGUCCAACAAGAGCAGUCCUGAGCUGGAACACAGGCUCAACAUCUACAACAAGAACCAGGAGAGAGCUCUGCACGGGAAAGCCCUGAUCCAGCUGCAGAGCCACGAGCCGCUGGUGGACGAGAAGCACAGACUGAUGGAGCCGCUGCACGCCUCGCUGAAGCGCCUCUCCAAGACAUGA